UAGUGUACCAAACGGUAACACACUGAAUCAAGCAGUGUUCAUUUGUGGAUGUUGUGUUUUCUUUCGGAAAUUUCGCGUUGAACAAUCUCGUAAAUAAAUUGUCGAAUGGUACCGCUAGCGCCAUCAAUGGAGAGUUUGGCGAACUAUGGCGAAUUUCUAUCUAUAACCUGCAAGAAAAACAACGUGCGUGAUAUUAUUCGAAAUUGUUGAUUUUUUGCGUUAAACAUGGUUCGAAAGUUAAAGUAUCACGAGCAAAAAUUACUCAAGAAGGUCGAUUUUAUCUCUUGGGAAGUUGACAAUAAUUUACAUGAAGUUAAAGUGCUUAAGAAGUAUCAUGUCCAGAAACGUGAAGAUUACACAAAAUAUAAUAAACUAUCACGAGAAAUAAGAGAAUUGGCAAGGAAAAUCAAGGAAAUUGAUCAGAAACAUCCAUUUAGGACAAUUUCAAGUGCGCAAUUAUUAGAAAAACUCUUUUUGCUUGGCCUAAUCCCAACAAAAUGGGAUUUGAGUCUUGCAGAAAAAGUCACAGCUUCCUGCUUUUGCAGAAGAAGACUUGCAGUUGUUAUGGUUCGAAAUAAAAUGUCUGAGAAUAUUAAGGGAGCAACUAAAUUAAUAGAAAUGGGCCAUGUGAGAAUUGGACCAGAGCUAGUCAAAGACCCAGCAUUUCUUGUCUCUAGAACGUUGGAAGACUUUGUCACUUGGGUUGACAGUUCAAAGAUAAAACAACAUGUUAUGGAGUACAAUGGGCUUAGAGAUGACUUUAUAUUGUAAGGCAAUAAUCUAGAAUUAGUUUAUUAUAAGUUUAUAAAUUGUGAAAUAAAGUGAUUUCCUUUGUUUACAA